AUGAUCAAGCACAGGUCAAGGGAGUGCCUUUCCAUUCACAUCGGCCAGGCUGGUGUGCAGGUCGGAGAGGCCUGCUGGGAGCUCUACUGCCUGGAGCAUGGAAUUCAGCCAGAUGGCACCAUUCUCCACAGCAGUGGAGAUCCACUGGCUCCUGUGAGUAUGGAGCCCCUGAAUGCCUCAUUCAAGAACUUCUUCUGUGAGACAAGUACCGGGAAACAUGUUCCCAGAGCAUUCUUGGUGGACCUGGAGCCAACGGUCCUAGAUGGAAUCCGAGCUGGCAAGUUCCGCUUGCUCUUUCACCCUGAGCAGCUCUUCAGCGGGAAGGAGGAUGCGGCCAACAACUAUGCCCGAGGUCACUACUCUGUAGGGUCCCAGGCUAUCGAGCCUGCACUGGACAGAAUCCGGAAGCUGGCAAAGCAGUGUGACAGGCUGCAGGGCUUCGUGGUGUUCCGGAGUUUUGGUGGUGGCACUGGCUCUGGCUUUACAUCUCUGCUCAUGCAGCGACUCUCAGCUGAGUACAGCCGGAAGACAAAGCUGGAGCUCUCGGUGUACCCCGCACCCCAGAUCUCCACAGCAAUGGUGGAACCAUAUAACGCUGUCCUCACCACCCAUGCUACCCUUGAGUUCUCAGACUGUGCCUUCCUGGUGGACAACGAGGCCCUGAAUAGCAUCUGCCAGAGGCGGCUUGGCGUGGCCCGUCCAUCCUAUGCCAGUAUCAACAGGCUCAUAGGACAGGCUGUAGCAGCCAUCACAGCACCCCUCAGGUUUGAGGGGCCCCUGAAUGUGGACUUCAUAGAGUUUCAAACCAAUCUGGUCCCUUUUCCUCGGAUCCACUUCCCUGUGACUGCCCUGGCGCCCCUGGUUGCCUCUGACCAGGCCCAGCAUGAGGCACUGUCUGUGACCGACAUCACUACCGCCUGCUUUGACAGCGCCCACCAGCUGGUCAGGUGUGAGCCCCAGCAUGGGCGGUACAUGGCCUGCUGCUUGCUUUAUAGGGGAGACGUGACCCCGAAGCAGGUGAACGCGGCCAUCGCUGAUGUGAAGUCGAGACGCUCCAUCCAGUUCGUCGACUGGUGUCCCACAGGCUUCAAGGUUGGCAUUAGCUCACGGGUGCCUGCUGUGGUGCCUGGCACAGAGCUGGCCCUGGCCCCACGGGCCUUGUGCACGCUUAGCAACUCCACAGCCGUGGUGGAGGCCUGGGCCCGUCUCAACCACAAGUUUGACCUCAUGUUCGCCAAGCGGGCAUUUGUGCACUGGUACCUGCGUGAGGGCAUGGAGGAGGCUGAGUUCUGGGAGGCUCGACACGACCUGGCCAAGCUGCAGAGGGACUAUGAGGAGGUGGGGCGGAGCUCCUGA